AUGCCCAUAAUCGUUUUAUUGGGCUUCAUCUGGUUAUAUAUAAUCAGUACUGAAACGAGAGCCACUCAGUAUUUUCCAAAUGGUGCGAGGAAUGGCACACGGUGGCUAUAUGUCGAAUUUUUCGACUGUCCGUCGAUUCUUAAAAUCAAUGCGAAUACAAUUCGAGCAGCGUUAGCUCGCUGGAUCAACGAAGAAUGCGCUACAGCUAUUCAAUGUAAUCUUGAUAAUGCGCUGGAAAUGGAAAAUGUAUUGGUUGGUACUAUUUUCUGCGGUACACCAAGUAAUUUUAUUACAUUCCUUGUGCUAAGGAAUGCUACUGCUCAUGCAUCUCUGCAAGCCAAUCAUCUUGAUUUGAACAUCGUCGGUAAAGUAAUACAGUCCAGGGAACACUUAUUGUCUGUGUUACUUCAUUCAGACCUGAAACUUGUCACAAUACGAAUGUUCGAUGUAGAGAAGGAGCGUAAUUUUACGAGUGAUGCUGGUAGUCUAUGCGGUCAUCUAUGCUGGUUUUGUCUUGUAGUUUUGUCGUUUAUUGUAUUUGUUGUUACAUUUUUCAUUAUAUGUUUUAUUCAGAGAGGUUCCGUGAGACGCAAGUCAAUAAGUCCUAAUCAUUCCUUAUUGGCACUACAACUCCUUCGGAAUUAG